AUGGAAGCCAAAGGCGGAGAAGUGACCGUCUUGGAGGACGAGCUAAAGAAGCUACAGGGGAUGACUGAAACCCAAAUGGCUGACGAUGCGAUGGAAACGGAGGAAAAUGAAGAGGUGGACCGUCGCUCGAUAUACGUCGGUAACGUAAGUGAUAGUUUAGGGCGUCAGUAUGCCCAGGUGGAUUACGCUGCUAAGCCACACGAGUUGCAAGAAUUCUUUAAAGCAUCCGGGCAAAUAAACAGGAUCACCAUCAUUGUAGACAAGUGGACCGGGAAGCCGAAAGGGUAUGCUUAUAUCGAAUUCGCUAAUGAGGAUGCGGUGAACAAUGCUCUGAUGCUAAAUGACUGCGUCUUUAAGGAGCGCAUAAUCAAGGUCAGAACACCUCCCUUAAAGCCCAAACGACAUGCAGGUCACUCCUAA